AUGGUGGAGGAGGUACAUCAGGGGAAUAGAUCCAUCCCACCGGCGGUAUGUACGCGUGUGGGACUAGGCCUUUGGAGACACCGCCGGCACUAUCAGCCGUCCGGUGGGUGGUUGGUUGAGGUGGGGAGGCUUACCUGCAUGUCUCUCACCACCACCAUGUUGACGGUUGAAAGUUGCGGUUCGUGAUAGUCUUGUUGCGGUUGGCGAUAGUUUUGUGUUGGAUGUGGGAGAGGUGUAGUGGAAUGGGUUGGAUCCGGCUGACGGUGACUCAAGUGUUUUCUGUUUUUCCUGCUGUGGUUCAAAAAGCUGGUCCCUUUGGCCAUUAUUCUUUCGUCUCUUUUUUGUUCGGUCACGAGGCCUGCUUUUGCUUUUUCGCGUGGACGCGUGGCUUGCUCCGUGGGCGACAUAACGAUAUUCAGCACGGGUUCGCAGGGUUUUCGUGGGAGAGUAUCGUUAGUAGUACAGACUAAUGUGUGAGGUUCCGCCUGUGAUCCUGUUGUUUGCUGAUCUGUAGCGAACUUAUGAAGUGAUCGCACGGUCUCAGGUUAUGAGACACGUCCGCUACGUACACAUGCGAACACACAGAU